UGUUGCUUAUCGAGCUACGGGAACUGGCCAUAUGAAACUCUUGGCAGGUUUGUUCAAAUUUCACUCUAUAAGAACUUGUCAUGUUUGCAUUUUUUGUUGGUAUUCGUUCUACAACAUUAUCCUAUUAGGUGAUUUAAGCAGUAGCUUAACUAGCUAUGUUAAAUAAGGUGGAUGUGAUAUCAUCAUGAAACAAAGAAGCAAUGAUUUUUAAAUUCAGUUUUCAAAUAUAAAGGACUGGAAGGCCACUCAAUUGUUUAGUGGUUUAUUAAAUUUUCUUUUUCCUCUUUAUCAGUGUAUUGGAUGGGUCCACAAAUGUACCUUAUCAAUAUAAUAGCUAUAGUGCCUUUUGUGAUUUUGUUUAUUAGUGGAAUCUUAUUAGUGGAAUCAGUAGAAAAUGUAGUUGGGUACAUCUAGUUGAGUGAUAUAGCUAUUACAAGAUUUAUACUAUGAAGAUGGGAAUGUCUAUGAGGUUCAAAGGCUACCUGUGAAGGUGAGUGUAGACUUGGGGAGAAAGACUUGUUCAUGUAGGUUAUGGCAGCUUACUGGACUUCCAUGUAGGCAUGCCUGUGCUGCCAUUGCAUACCAAAAUCGCAGGGCCGAGGACUUUGCUCACAACUGGCUUACUAUGGGAGCAUACAACCUAGCAUAUCAGUGGACAGUUCAACCUGUCCCAAGCCAGGAGUAGUAGGAGAAGGGAAACCAUUAUCCAUUGUUGCCUCCAGUGUAUAGGAAGCCUAUUGGGAGACCUACUAAAAAGAGAGACGCUCGUAGAGAUGGUCCUAGAGAGAAUCCUGAUCUCCAUAGAGCAAAGAGGAGAUAUGGCCCUAUUAAAUGUACAUAUUGUCUGAAGACUGGUCAUAACAGCAGAGGAUGUGACAAGAAGAAAGAAGCUAUGGCUAGUGGAUGAGCUGCAUCAGGUAGUGGUCGUCAGCAACAGGGUGCAGAAGUGAGAUCUGAAGGUAUGGGUGUUGAUGAUCUUGAUGAGGAUACUGCCAGAGAGCAAGAGAUGUAUUGGGAAGAGACUUUGGAGGCAGCAGAUGCUAAAGCAUCAGCUUCAGAUUCACCCAAUGUGAAUGUUGAUGAUCUGAACUGUGUGAAUCCUUCUGAAGAACCUAUGGCAGUAAGACCUCCACCUUCUAACUCCUCUACUGCAUAUGUGCCACCUAGACCUAUCAUAAAGCCAACCAUGUCCAAGAGACCAAUUAGGAGGAGAAAUAUUAAGAGGCCACCACCAUCACAACCUUCUCCCCUCAGACCUGCCCCACCACAACCUACUCCCAUAACGCCUACCACACCACAACCUUCUGUUGUUAGGCCUACAUCACCAACUAACCAACCACCUCCAAGAGUUACCAGACAAACAAUGCAUGGUGCAAGCCGAGGUACCACUACACGAUUUAUGCAAUCAUGCCAACUCCACCAUCCACAAUUCAAACACCAGGCAGAUGGCCAAUACCUGGGUUCCGUCCACCAAUAGGAGCAUCUUCAAGUGGCAACAACAAUGGGGUUUCUAGUGGCAGCAGCAACUCCACACCCAACAAAUAGGAUUUUCUUGUGUGAAUUUAUUUUUUGAUGAAGUAC